UCUUGUUUCGGGCAGGACAGUACCAACUCUGGACCAGUCAGGCUGUAAAACCGGGAAAAUAUUUCGGGAUCGGUGAUGGAAACUGUGCGUUCGUUAUGAUAAGACAUUCGUUAAACCCAAGUUCUAAAAAACGUAAUUUUACUUAAAGGAGGGUGUCGACAGCACGUAACAUCCGUGACACAAACUGAAGCUAUUACUUUUGCUUGCUGUAUCUGAAUAGUUCAGUCGUUUUGAAGCAGUUUGUCAGUGCUAAGAUCCGGAAUGAUUUUCCAAUAGCUUUUUUGUAAAAGGAAAAAACAAAACAUUGAAGAGACGCGUGAAAAAGAUAUUUGAUUAAAACUCGAUAAUUUUAUAAUCAAGAACUUUAAAAUGACCUAAUCUAGAUGUUUCUCUGACGUUCUUAACGUCAGAAUUUCGUCUCAUCAAUUAGUUUUACCGGUUCUUGGAGAUAAAACUAAUACAUUUGAGAUGCUGUGCUACAAUUUAAUUUUCCUUUAAUCCUAUAGAGUGUGAAAUGGGAUGAAUAUCAUGAAAAUGGUGCGUAAACGCGAAUAAAAUGCUACGUUAUCAGCAAUGGGUAGUAUUUUUGGGCUCAUUUAAUAAGACCUUCACCCAAAAUUUAGUUGGAAAUUGGAACUAUCCUGGAGUUUUGCGCGUAUUGCUGUGCGAUAAAAUCAGCCCGCGCUGAUUCCGCGUUCGUCUAUGACAAUCUGAAUUUCAUCGCUGAUACCACCAAUCAGUCAGUCAACAACUACAAGAGAAACUUCAGAAGUUUUUUGGGCCCCUGCCGGCUGCGACGAGUGCCUAAGGAGCUGUACAUCAAGACAUGUAAUCCCGCCUGUGUCUGUCGGAGGACGAAAUUUGGCGAAACUGAAGGAUGGGUGUCACGCUAACACGGUGGCGAUCGCAACUGAACUGCAUCGUGCUCAAGUGGUCGAUCCUGAACCUACUGUCAUCCAUGUCGGCCGAGCUUACUUUCGAUAAAGACGAGAACGCCACGCUGGUUCCGUACCCACUCACGACGCAGAAAAUUGUCACCGUCCUACCCGAAGUGGUAAAAAGUACCACUGAUGGAGGCUUCAACGAGGGAGCAGAUGUCAAAAACGGCACCGUGAAGCUCAAGCGGUUGUCACAGAAGCGCCUCGAUGAAGAGAUCCGAACUCGCGUUGCCGAUGGGAAAGGUGGAAAAAACCCGAGGAAGAACCUGAAGAUCAUGCGGACAAAUUCGACGCUACCAACCCUGCAGCGUUUGACGGCGGCGACGGUGGCGCGGCGCCGCGGGCACAAGAAGAAGCAUUCGCAGAGGGGCAAUUUGGUCAACUUCGUGCAGACGACCAAAGAACUCACUCUCUCCGGCGAGAAUGAGUCUGAGUCACGGAGUUACAACUACGACCCUACUUACCCCGUCUACAACUACCAGGCUCCGACCGAGUCUGGUGAGGACAUCAUGUCUAACUUUGGCAUGGUCAAGGACAUGUGGGGUGGAUAUCCUGAAAGCGAUUUCCAGAGUCCGACAUUUCCAUCGUUGACGACAACCUACGCCCCGAAAAUGGUGCACAGCUCAUCGCCUCCUAUCCCGGAUUACUCGUUUCCGGAUUGGAAACCACCUUUUCUUAAUCCGCCGCGAUUCCGACGACCUAUGGGUUUAGAAGAGCCUCCUGUUUACGUGGACUACGUUGAUGACACUAGAGUUAUAAAUCUUGAUGGUCUAGGCCGGUAUUGGCCCCCCGGGCAUCCGCCAAUCCUCAUACGGACGGGCUAUCAUAGGUACCAAGACGAAGAUUCGAUCGAGUACCACCAGUUCCGGGACCACGAAGAGCAUCAUGGAGGUUGGGAUCUCUCAAAACUGGCCAUGAUCGUCCUCACCAAACUCGGCCUCUUCAAGUUGAAGUUGUUCGUUCUGCUCAAACUUGCUAUAUUGUUCUUCUUCAAAAUGAAAGUGCUCCUCAUGGCGUUGUUCCUCAAGCUCCUCAUGCUCAUGAAGGCCGCCAAGCUCCUCAAACUCCUCUUCGUGCCCUUCCUCAUUAUGUUCCUGGCGCCACUCAUUGCUUUACUACUGACGCCGUUGUUAGCACUGCUUCCUAUGCUGCUCAAUGCUAUUCUGAACAAUGUGACGGUGCCAGUGUUCGUUCCGAAUGGCGACGAGGAGGAGCCCGAGAUGCGGACGCCCGAAGACGAUGACGUCAGCGAGUCCAGAGCCCCGCUCACGCCGGCCACCCUCCUUCAGUUCAAGAUGAUCCUGUCCUCGGAGGAGUGUUUGAAGCGGGUCGUCUGUGAGAUGGCAGCCAGAAGGAAGCCGCCAAUCAAAUCUGUCGUCCUCGCCAGGUUACUGGACCUUGUCGCUGCGGUGGUUCCAUAUCGGACGGUGAAAACAUACGUGCAAGUUUACAAGUCAGGACUCUACGUGCAAGAGUCUCGGACCGAACCAUGGUGCUCGUCGCAAUAUGCCUGUUCUCUUAAAAGCCAAACCUCGUGACACUCAUGGGCUACAUUUACCUCUGUUUGCCUUUUAUAAGGGCAACCUUAUUAUUCACCUAUUACAUAAAAGCCCGUUUGCAUCCCCAGAAACAAUGUUUAAAAACCGUCACCUCGCGGUCAAAGUAUCACAAGCACCAUCAAGCGACGUUUAAACAUUAUCGUCGACAUUUUAUUUAUUUAUUUUUUUUUUACAAAAAUUGUUUAAGGAAGCUGUCCGAUAAUUUCACUGAAUUUUGUUUGUGCUGCCGAUGUAAUAUCGUGAAAUUUUCAAACAGAUUCAACCAACAAUUUAUCGGUAGAAAAAUAAAAUGGCGGCGGAAAUGUUUAAACUUGUGAUACUUUGGCCGGAAGGUGACGAAAUCAUCCACAACGAGAAUCUUAUCAAACGAAAGCCAGUCAACAUAUUUUUCAGCCGACCAUGAAAGCACAUACCGAAAAUAUGUUUUUUUUUUUUCAAAAAAAGAAACAAACAUUACAUAUUAAUAUUAAAGAGGUAAUUAUUUUUUUUUUAAAUGAUUAAGAAACUCGGGAUACGCCCUAUAAAAGGAUGGUGACAGCGGGUAUUAAAUGAAAUGAUGCCAAUUUAAUGAAUGGCUGUGGGAAGGCUGAUGUUGUAUGGUUAGGCGUCGCAGAGCGCUGUUUUAUUUUUAUUUUAUUUUUCGGUCAUGAUAGUUAACUGGUAGAACAUUACGGAGAAAACUGAAGCCAUGUUUUUUCAUUUGUACAUUAUGUAGAAAGUCCAAUGUAUAUUGAAAAGUUAUAACUAAUUCCUUCUUUGGUUUCAUAAAAAUGGAUCACUAUCGUUUCAGUGCGUGAAUUAUAACCGAAUAAUUCCGACCAUUUUUGAUGAUGCCUUAUUCUUUAAUUCUUUCAAUGUUAUUGAGGAUAACUAUAGUGUAUAUCUUUAAACAAUUGUCCUUGUGUAAUUACGUACUUUUGCAUAUAAUUAAGUCUGAAUAAAUAUCU